AUGUCUGAGCAAAACCGAAAGGUAGUACCCGCGCAAUUAGGCUUUCUAGCCAUCUACAAUCCUUCCUUAGGGUCUACCGAUGAUACACUCGACAAUCAAAUUGUUUAUUAUUACCCCUCGAUCAAGCAAAAUGAGCACAAGAGAAGUUCCCUUACGGAUACGAAAGAGGCGCGCGCUUUGGCGAAGGAGGCAAAGAAUGAACAAUUGAGACAGAUUGGGCUUGCUCAGGGAAUGGUAGAAUUUGGGAGGAGUUUUUCUGAGGGUAGAUCAGUGAACGCUAUCGAGACUGAGAAAUCUCGCAUUAUUCUUCAUGAAUUAGAAUCUGGCUGGUGGAUAUUGGCUUCGAUCAAUCUCACGAUAUUGCCGGGCACAGCAAAGACACCAGCUACCAAAGGAAAACCUUCCGAAGAAAAAGCAACCGUCGAAUAUUCUUCUCGAGAAGUUAAACCUGCGAUACUGCUCCUGGCAGACGUAUUGAGAGCACACUCGACUUUUCUCCUUCAUCAUGCUGCUUCGAUGAGCGCUCUCUUUGUUCGAACGAAGCGCUCCAAAUUUGUGAGCAUUCUGGGUAGAUAUUGGGAUACAUAUAUCUCGACAUGGAAUGUACUUAUGCAUGGAAAUCCUGCCAACAAUUUGUAUGGGGGGAUAAAACUUGCUGCAUGCGGAGAACUUGGGGUUGGAGUCGGAGAGGAAGAAAGGGGCAGUGGUGAGAGAGAAGUCCUUGAAGGAUUCGUUGGACAAAUGGAUGGGCUUGUAGACGUGAUAGUCUCAAGAUUCGGAGAAGCGCGAUCGAAUUCGAAAGAAGAUACCAGUAAAGGCUUUACCGAUCGCCCCAAGCAACCUGCUCCUUGGUUGGGUUCUGGAAAUGAACCCGCCGUAGAAGAUGGUGCAAUUUUUCUCGGUACUGGAGCUUUGUCAAGAAAAUCAAUUAGAGAUAUUUCGCAUUGGGUUGAGGAUCUUUAUAAGUGGGGUCCAUACGCUUAUGGAGUUCUUGACAACCCCUCUUCCAUCCGUCGCGCAAAAAAGCAGUCUAAGCCCAGGCCAAGACUUGACUCAAAAGUUGGAGAUGCAAAGAAUACUGCCCGACCAACAUCUAGUCUCAGUAAGGAGAUACCAAUUCAUGAUGGGCCUAACGAUGGACCUGCGCCUAGUCGAUCUUCAAGUAUCAGUACGGUUGAGCCUAGACCGGUGGUCGAACAAGAUGAUCAAAUUGAUCAACCCAGACUCAAAUCCGUACCGCCAUACCCGAAAGUUCGCAGAAAUCCCGCCAGUCAUACAAGUACCGAAGGCACUGAAAGCACAGAUGGUGAAUCGAAGGGCAACAAGCUUGCACAAUACUUGAAAUUCGGUUAUGGAACUCAUUGGUCUUUAGGCGGAUCUGCAGCAAAAGAAGAAGAGCGCAGCAGACCCUCGAGUAACACAUCUACCCUUGUUUCUUCGAUUGAUGGUAUUGUCAGUACAACUGGAACAUCAACACCCACACAGGAGUCCGACUAUUCCAAAGGACAUUAUUUAGUAGGUCUAAUGGGUGAUAUGGACAGUGAAAUGACUUUACUCGUGGAUUCUAACGAUGAAGACGAAGAUCUCGAGGGCCAAAGCCAUCGACUUGUACUUCGUACCUUAACCGUAGAAUUGGAACGCGAAGAAGAUGCUCGCCAGGAAGCUGAUAUCAGUAUUGAUUAUUCUAAUUUUGGCACAUCAUUCAAAAACGCCAGUGGUUCGGAAGGUACAGGCCAUUCUAAUGCUUCAUUCGAAAGUCAAGAUCGAAACAAAGUGAAAAAGUUAAGAGUCGUGGCUUAUGCAAGCAAACCAUUCAUAUUCAUUUUCCUUUUUGAAUUACGAGCAGACACCUUAGCCUUGAAGGGUUUAUACCGUUCUCUUCAUAAACAACUCCAGUCUCUCAUCAAACCUCUUCUCAAAUCCACAUCUUUUCGAGCUCCUAAACCAGAAGUCCCGAUUUCUCCUCUUGCAAAUACGAAGAAUCCAACAGCUCCCAUAUAUGAUCUUCUCUGGGACCCCAAAACUUUAACUCUCGACUCAAAUAUCCCUAAUAUACCCGAUCCUCAGCAAGUUCAAACACAAGAACAAGCGGAUAGUCUCCCUUGGUCUCGAAUCGAAGCUCUAAAUACACAUUUGCAAAUAAUGCAUACAUAUAUUGCUACGACUACUGAUCAGAACACAUUGGAACGUACGGCUAAAACGUCAAGAGGUUAUUGGAUUCUUUGGACUCGCAUUCCUGCACCUCCCCCUGCACCUCCCGAAGCAACAACAAAUCCGACGUCGAAAGUCAACAUUCCGUCACUUAUACCCGAGAACUCGGCGGAAAGUGAAACGAGUAGAACUUUUAUGGGGGGAUUGAGUGAUAAGGGAAGAAAGAACAAAGACAUGGAUGCGAGCAUCAAGGCAAAUAGUAAAUCGCAAACACGGAGUACAGUAGUUAGUGGGCCUGCACAUCCUUUCUUGGAUGAGGGUGAUGCUGAGGGAGGGGCAGAGGAAAGGAAUAUGGAUAAAGAAGUUUUUCUAAUUAGGAGGGCGAGUGAUUAUAUGGAGGCGGGACAAGGAAGAGGUUACGGAUAUGGAUAUGCGGGGUGGGGAAUGGGUGGUCAAGGAGCAGGGACAGGAAGUACGGCGGAUGGGGGGUGGGGAGCUGCGGGAUUAGGGUUAGAUACGAAGAGGUAUAUUGAGGGGUUAUUAAGUUUGAAUCGGUAG